CGAAAGGGUCGAAUCUCCACUCCCCACUUCCUUCGCCAAGCACGUGGAGGACUGCGACAUUGUGACUGCUUCCCCAUGGAUGCACACCCUUGAUUUCUCUCCUCCACUCUCUUGACCAGCUCACCAUUUUCCAUCUUGAUUUCGCUUCGAUCCGCUCUCAAAGUCACCCUACUGGCACCCUCCGGACACCUACCAGCCAUACCUUACUCCACCGAGGUCCUCGCCAUCGGCAAGGGCGCCGAAGGCCAGUGCGGCCGGGGAUAAGCAUCUCCCCCCAACUCCGUGCAGGUGAUCGACUUUCAUCUUGAUCCAGCUUGUCACCAACUCGGACUCAGUCCCAUUCAAAGGCAAUCUGAAUGCUGUCUCUGCCAAUUUCUCCACGAUUGACCGUUUUGGUGAGCGAUGGAGCGGCAGAACAGUCGGCGGCGGAGGUCACCACCGACGCAGGAACCAGCCUCUAAGGAGCAGCCCGUCACACCACAUCAAAAGAUCUGGUCAGUGCGGACACGGUUUCUGAUAGGUUCUCUCGUCGCGUGCCUGUUCAUGAUGGCAUUUUCUAUCAUUCAUCCUACUAUUCAUCUCUGCUGGUCUGACUGGAUUGCUCCGCUCCAAACACGCCCUUCGCAGUAUCUAUCCGCUGCCAAUCGUCCCCGCAUAGAGCUUCACCCGGAAGAUCAUGUGUAUCGUCCGCCAGUCACACACCAUCUCGAUUGGCGUAUUACUUCGGGCCAGCGCAGACCCGAUGGCGUCUUGAAACAGAUUUAUCUGAUCAAUGAUCUCUUCCCCGGCCCCACUAUCGAGACCCGCUCCGGGGAUACCCUCUUCAUUACCGUAACCAACGCGGUAGAGGAAGAAUCAAUUGCCCUACAUUGGCAUGGCAUCCAUGUAGCCAAUGCCAUGGAUGGCGCCGCGGGGGUUUCACAAUGUCCCAUUGCGCCCGGCGCGCAAUUCAUCUAUAAUGUCACAAUCCCUGCCGAUCAGAGCGGUACCUUUUGGUACCAUGCCCAUUCGGGUGUCUUACGCGGGGAUGGUCUCUACGGCGGACUGGUUGUUCAUGCCCCCGCGGCCAAGAGUACCGUAAGAGGAUUGAUGUCGCGUGCUCGUGGAGAUGCACAGGAAUUCAAUUAUGAAAAGGAGCUUCUACUUCUUAUUGGAGACUGGUACCACCGGCCGGCCAAAGAUGUCUUGGCUUGGUACAAGCUCCCUGGAAAUUUUGCGAAUGAGCCGGUGCCGGACUCCUUGCUGGUCAAUGGAGUGGGCCACUUCGAAUGCUCCAUGGCCGUUCCUGCCCGUCCAGUCGAUUGUAUUGAGCAGCUGGCUAACACCUCAUUCUUGGAUCUUGAGCCGGACAUGGCCUAUCGAAUCCGAGUCGUGAACACUGGCUCCCUGGCAGGCUUGUCACUGGUAUUCGACCAAGAAAACAUUGAUCUCAUUCAGGUGGACAGCAUUGACGUCGAGCGCUCCCACCAGGAAGGUCUCAACUCCGCAGGUGUCUUAUACCCUGGCCAGCGCAUGGAUUUUGUAAUCCGUACUUCAUCGCACCAAGAAUCAUCUUCCAUGAUGGUGCAACUGGAUCAGGGAUGUUUCAAGUACAGUAAUCCUGCACUCACCCCAGACCAGACCUUCCCGAUCCAUUACCGCUCCGCAUCAAUCUCCAGCACCGCCGAAAUCUCAACACCCAAAGUACGAAAUCAUACCAAUCUCGAGGAUGUACCCUCCGCUCCUUCGAUUCUGAAACGCCUACCUCCCAAAGCCCAACAAACGCACGUUGUCUACACCAAGAUCCAGAAAAUGGCUCGAAAUCACAAUAUCCCCGAGGGCUAUUUCAACCAAACUACCUGGAAACCCCAGAGUAGCCCUCCCGUGCCGUUAAUCGGUCUCCCCCGAGAGCGCUGGGACUCGAAUCAACUCGCCAUCUCAACCGGGCCCGAAGCUGCAUGGGUAGACUUUGUCGUAAACAACCUAGACGAAGGCCCCCACCCCUUCCAUCUACACGGCCACCACUUCUACAUCCUAACAAUCCAAGAAUCCACCUACGGCUGGGGUUCCUACGACCCCUUCACAGACCCUUACCCACCCGGCCUAGCACCAAACCCCGAAUCCACCCCGGAAACCGAUCCGCCAACCCCAGCAGAUCCCUCAUACCAACCCUACGAUCUCUCCCGUGCCACCCUCCGCGAUACAGUCCAGAUACCUAGUCGCGGGUACGCAGUGCUGCGCUUCCGCGCUGACAACCCGGGCGUGUGGCUAUUCCAUUGUCAUAUUUUGUGGCAUUUGGCGACGGGGAUGGCGAUGGUUAUCGAUGUUAUGGGAGAUUCGGCGGGGAGGGUUGCGCAUGAUAUUUCCAUGUUAGUGGGUGCCGGAGGCGGAGUGUGUUCGGUCUAGGGACAUGGUAGAGAUUUACAUAUUUAGCAUGGGGUAAAGUAAAAGAACAGCUACAGACACAUCUAUGAACAUCGUAUCGCAUUUACGGCCACUUUGCAGUGGAGUAUAUGUCCUGAAAUCAAUUGUAGAAUAGAAUCCCUUAAUAUCUCUCCAGGUGUAUCGGGGAGUAAGAAUGUAAAAUUCCAGAACAUCUCCGCAACGCCAAAAGGAAGGUACAAGAUCAAGUCAUGAAAAGUAGGAGGAAGCCAACGUACGCCACCAUCGCCAAUGCAAUACCAUGGCCCUGAUAAGCAUGUUUGCGGGCCUUCAAACGCCAAAGUAGAUCCCAAGCAAUUGCGCUAUCGAGUGCGAGGACAUCAAAGUCCGGAAAAAAAUGAAUGGCUAAAAGGGAAGACCAGCUUCGCCGGGUUUGUGGUUGUACGAGUACAUGGCUUAAGGGGUCAGAACAGGUAAAAAGAACGGGUAUGCAUGGGUGUCUCAGGCAGACCAUUCGAGGACUUCCAGGGCACACAUGACCAGGAUAAGAGUCGAGG